UUCCAACACAUGCAAUCUCUCUCUCUCUUUUAAACAUUCUCUUUCGCUCGUGCUUGUUCUCUCGCGGAGCAUGAAUUCCCUAUGUUGAGGGAGAUCAAAAAAUGUGUAAAAAUUAGUUUCCAUUUAAAUCUCCGUCCGAGUGGAUCGCGGUCCGUGUGAGCGUGUCGUUUUACGUGCGUCGUUUUGCGUCGUGUUUUGUUGGAACGGUUGGAUACACGCUACGAACGGGUGAUUUUAGUGGAUGGGAAAUGAACUUCUCCAAAAAUUAGUGAAAUAGUUUGAUAAACUGGUGUGUGGAAAAGCGAUUGGAAUUUACUGUAAUAAUUUAAACAAAAAAGAGUGUAUCAAACCAACAUAAAAUAGGCGAAGACACUGUGAAGAAAAAAGUGUUUUGUGCAAUAGAAAACGGAAAUGCAUUUGUUGCAAAAGAAGUGAGUUGCAUAAUGUUCCCAAAAUAUGUUCCAUUUGAAGCAGUGAUUUGAUUGACAAGACAACCGGUGCAGCAUCCCUCCAUCGGAGACGUCAGCGGAUCGUCAUCCACGGGCAAUUGACACGCCGAAUGGACAAAUUGCAUCGCGCCCUUGUGUACCGUGUGUAGUGCAUGUGGAAGUGUGUGCGUGUGUGUUUGUGCCGCGAUUGUGUGCCGUUUUGUGUGCAUUGCGUUGGCCGUCGGUGAACCUAUCCGUACGUCGUUUGAAGUCGUGAUCAAUGAGCCGUAGCAACUAGUGAAGUAGUACUACUCAACCGUACUUUGUGUGUUUGUGUGAGUGAGUGUGUGUAUAUCCAAAACCAAACGUCAAACAAACGUCAUCUGAUUAAGUAAAUAAAAAAAAUAAUUCGUAAGCUGGAACUUGUGUGUGUGUUGAACGACGAUCGAGGGUAAUCUUAUAACGCAACGAUUACUAGCGUUAUUACUUCAACCAUCUCUGCUGCUACUACUACUUCUACUACUACUACUGCUACUACUCCGCUGCUGUUGCUUCUACUGACACCGAUCGCUGCUACUAGCAACGACUGAUCUCACGUAGAGAGUUCAAUUUUUGUUAAGCCACCUCGGUGCAUGUAAGUGUACCCCGUUCGUGAACUUUGUGCACACUUGCGACGGUGAUCGUGCGUGUUUGUGUGUGCGUGAGUGUGUGUGUGUGUGCCUGCGUGUGUUUCUGUCGAUUCUUGAUGUGAAAAAUCGUAUGAAAUGGUGACACUAAUGCCUUGUAGCUAUAUAUCUGCCCCCCGGAUCUCCAUCAUUGAUAAAAUGAUAGAGAUAGAACCAAAGGGAAAACGAUCGCGCACCGAAGGACCAGAUACGACGGAACGUUCGCGUAUCUACAGUAAUCUCGUGGAAUCGUCACCACUAGGAGCAGCAACGACGGUACCAACGCUGGACAGUAUCGGAAGUGGUUCGGCUUUAGCCUUGGGGACACCGUUCCACUAUCCACCUGUUCCGCUGUCAGCGCACACGCACCACAGUGGCGGCCCCAGCAGUGGAGUCAACAGUGAGCACGCGGUGUUCAAUCACGCCACUUCCGCCAACACAGCAACAACUGCCAUCGGAGGCAGUACAUUGUCCGCCAGUUCCUAUCGUGUGGGUGGCAAUUCGUCCGGCGGUUCCCUCGCUUUGCACAACAACGGGCUUAACUUAAGCUACGGACCACUGUCAAACGGCCCAGGCACAGCAAGUCCUGGAUCGCUUGCCAGUCGGCUAAACAACAGUGCGGGCAGCAGCAGUAGCAGCGGAAGCAGUGGUGGUAGCGCAUCCACCACCAUCACCUCGGGCACUGGUUCCGGUGGAAGUUCGGCGGGAUCCAGCACCGGAGGGCUGGUGGAUGGAUUGGCAACGCUGGCAACUGGUGGCACUAGCAGCAGUGGCAGCAGCAGCAACAGCAACAGCAGUGUAGGUGUAGGUCUGCUAACGACCGGAGGGAAUUCCGCCGAGUUGGGAAUGUCGCACUGGCUUAGUGACGGUACGGUCAAGUCGGAACUGCGCAGCCCCGGACUGGACGCGAAUCUGGCGGCGUCGGCUACCAAUCUGCCACUCGGUUCCACGACUAGCGCCCACCUUGACGGGACCGGUCUGUUCUGUGCCAAUCCCGGCUCUAGCGCUGCCGCUACACUGGACGCACUCCAGAGCCAAACGGCAGCGGCCUCGAACGUGUACGACCACAAGUCGGACUAUUACAAUUACUACAACAGUAUGCAGCAGUACACACCCGCAUUCUACUCGUCCGCGUACGGUGCGACGGCGUACGGUGCACGAACGGCAUCCACUAAGAUACCGUCCCCGAACACGUAUCUGACUUCACCGUACGCGGCAGCCGCUGCUGCCAGCAACAACAACUCCGCCCAGCUUUACUCCUCCUACGGGUACAACUCAUCGUUCGGUCAGUUCGGUGCGGGGCAGCAGGAUGGAUACAGCUAUUACAACGAUCAGUACAGCCCGUACUAUGCGAACACCGCCAGCUACUCGCCCUACGUCAGCUCGCCCGGCUCGAGCGGUAGCCAGGCUGGGUUCCACGUGGCGGCCGGCCUAUCGGCGGACAGUCCGUCCGAGGCGCACGCCACCACACCGAACAUGCUCGCCCAUUCACAUUCGCCCCAGUCACCGAUCUCGAUUUCACCUACGGCCGGGAUCGGAGCGGUUCCCGGUGUGGGCGGUUCGGGCGGUGGUAACAAAACGACACCGACCGGGAAAUCGGGACGGGCCCGCGGCAGACGUCACGCACAUCCAAGUCCAACGCGCAGCUCUACCAGUGAGCCGGGCAUUAGUGAAAAGGUUCCCGAGCGUAUCUUCGUGUGGGAUCUCGACGAAACGAUCAUCAUCUUCCAUUCUCUCCUUACCGGGUCUUAUGCUGGGCGAUACAAUAAGAACCGCGAUCACCAGGUGCAGCUUGGCUACCGGAUGGAAGAGCUGAUCUUCAACAUGGCCGAUGCAUAUUUCUUCUUCAACGAUCUGGAAGAGUGCGAUCAGAUACAUAUCGACGACGUUGCGUCCGAUGACAACGGGCAGGAUCUCAACAACUAUAACUUUGCAGCCGAUGGGUUCCACAAUGCCACACCGCAAGCAGGAGCUCCACCCAAUGUUUGUCUACCGAAUGGUGUGCGUGGUGGCGUCGACUGGAUGCGAAAGCUCGCGUUUCGCUAUCGGAAAAUUAAGGACACAUACAACACGUACCGGAAUAAUGUUGGUGGUUUGCUAGGACCGCAGAAACGUGACCACUGGUUGCAGGUACGUUCAGACAUCGAGCUCGAGACGGACAGCUGGCACAGUCUAACGCUGAAGUGCUUAAAUAUGAUUGCGCAGCGAGAAAACUGCGUUAAUGUGCUCGUAACCACAACGCAGCUUGUACCGGCCCUUGCCAAGAUUCUGCUGUACGGAUUGGGGCAGGUAUUCCCGGUAGAGAACGUGUACAGUGCGAACAAAAUUGGCAAGGAACAGUGUUUCGAACGGAUUGUAACGCGAUUCGGACGCAAAAGCACAUACGUCGUGGUAGGCGAUGGGCAGGAUGAGGAGAAUGCGGCCAAAAAUCUUAACUUUCCCUUCUGGCGGAUAUCCAGCCACAGUGACAUCAGAUCAUUGCAUACCGCACUGGAGAUGGGUUUCUUAUGAAAACUUUGCCACUGCUUACACGUCGUGGCCCGUGAUUGCCGAAUAGAAAGCGCGAUAGCGAAAUAUAUCUGCCGAAACAGCAACCCUUUUGCCGUAAAGCCAAACACCAAAAAAACCAAAAGACAAGACAAGUUGAUGAGAGAGAGAGAGAUGAUGCGAGAGCGAAACGUUUCACUAAUGGCUUCCGGUUUCCGGUUACUUAUCGCUCAAAAACGGGGGUAAAAAUUUAGUACAGCGGCGCGGGUCGAUGGUAGGGGGCGGCAAUGGUUUUUGGCAGCCAGUAUUUAUUAUUGUUUAUAGUGCCAGCGCUAUGUUAGAUGUAAAUUAUUUUAUGCAACUCCUGCACAACAUCCAUCCCCCCUAUCCGAGGUGUGGAUGUGUUCCGAAAGUACGUUCGAGAAUGGAAAUGAAAUUGCGCUAAAGUGCCACCUACUGGAUGGACACAAUAGAAUGGAAUGGAUGAAACAAAAGUAAAGAAGUAAAGCUCUAAAACUGCUCAAAAUAAUAGAGAACAAAAGAAAAAAAAACAAUCCUAAUGUGAAUGUUUACAAAAAUGGCCAAACCAAACACUGAAAUGCGUGAAAGAAACACACACACACAUAAAAGUCGUGUGUAGAACGCAUAAAGCGAUGUUUUAAAGGAUCUACUCGAUAUACAUAUUAGAUGGCUAUAAUGUAUGAUGCUGGUUCUCGUUUGCAAAAGAGUACGUCGGUACCAGCGGUACCAAUAUCCCAGUGCAAAUACCAUUUUCUUUGUUUUAUGUUUAGUUUUUUCCCCUUUUCAUCUAACGAAAAUUGUCUAUAUAAAAUAUGUAAAAUUAUGCUCGAAUAAUCGAAAGUUAUAGAAGCAAAAAGGAGCAAGAGAGAGGGGGAUAGAGUGGGUAUGUAAAAUGGAAAAGAUAAAGCAAGUGAAAGUAUCUUCUCCCUGGAGAUGGUCAUCUUUCAUUCAUUUCAUUAGAUAGAAUCGCAAGUUGUUAGUGAAUAUAUGCGCGUAAGUGGUAAUAGUAUUAUCAACAUCAUCAUCAGCUAAUGACCCAAGGAACUUUCGGUUGCUGCUGAACCUUUUCCGGUUCAAAACUGUGUAUCAUUACUGUUGGUAAAUCAGUGUAAAUACCUUAUCUAAACGUCCUAUUGUUCUCACGGUUCUUACUGGCCCUAGUGGGGGAGGUGGAAUAGGAAGCGAACAAUGUGCCCGGUCGUUCCAUUUCUAGGUGUAAUUUGUUGUAGCUGUGACAUAAAGCAAAUCUCCCUGUAACUGGAAAAGUGUGUGGGUCUGAUAAAAAAAAAAACACACACACACAAUUUCCCUCCAAAAGAAAGUAUGAUGCCAGUACAGUGCGGGCUAACUUCCUCGAGCAGAUGUACAUAUUCACGAUCGUUUAUUCAAAUCAAAAUAUUAUCCUAUAGAAUAAAGUUUAUCGCAGAAAAGAAAAACAAAAACGGGACAGCUAAUCGGGCACUAUCACGCGAAUUGAUCAAUAAGUGUUGCACAUGCACAUGGUUUCGUUGUGGAGAGAGGAAAAGCCUGUCCCAAAUACGUGAAUACACGAUGUACGAAAAGUAAAUAAAGAAAAAAAAGUACUUCAGCAUAAAUGGAA